AUGGAAACACCUCGCAUCAGUCAAUUAUUACCUACAAUUAAAUGUAGUAACUGUGGAAUAACCGUAGAGUUGAGAAGACUUGCCGAGCAUAUUUGUGAAGAAGCACCAGCCAUGCCUGAAAUGCCCAGCCAAUAUAGAAAACCAUUAAAACAAGAUCCAAGGUCAUAUAAUACACCAAUACAAAAUAAUAAUAAUCAACGACCAAAUCUUAGCCCAUUAUCUCUCUCUGAUAAUAAUAUUUCAACCCGUUCAAAUCGUUCACCACGUUCACCACGUCCAUUUUAUGAUGCGCCACUUUCAUCAGAUUCUGGAUAUUCAAGUAAUAGUAAUAAUUAUGUUCCACAGAAGCAAAGUAAUAAUAAUAAUUAUGCUCCACUACAACCAAGUAAUCCUAAUAAUUAUACCUCACAGCAACCAAGUAAUAAUUAUGCCCCACUGCAACCAUCAACUCCUACCUCUAGUACAUUUUUAAAUAAAUAUGCCGCAGCCAAGGAUCCUUACAAUACUCAAACAUCAAGAGAUCCUCCUUAUGCACAAGUUUAUGAUAAUGAUAGUUACCAGACGCAAACACCAAAACAAUUUGAUAGUUAUGACAAUAGACAAAACAAUAAUAUUAAUAACAACAGGUAUCCUUCCACCACCUCCUCCUCAUCUUCUAAUUCAAAUGACAAUUAUAGCUAUGAUGGCAGAGAUUAUCCGCGUACUACAAAUGAAUUAAGGGUGCGUGAUCGAUCACCUGGAAAUUAUGAUAGGUCCAAUAAUGGUAAACCUAAUGGUUACGACUCUCCUUAUGAUAGACAACCACAAAUAUCUCGUAACAAUGCACCAGACAAUCAAAUCGACAAGUUGUUGAAUGAUUUGAUAUCAGAAAUGGAUAAUACAAAUAUAUGUGCAUAUUGUGAUUCUAAAAUCAAUUCAUCACCGAUGUGGGCACUUGAUAAAGCAUGGCAUCCACAUCAUUUACUUUGUACAAGUUGUCAAAAACCAAUUGAUCCAAAUGAAGGUCAUGUUGAAAAAAAUGGAAAAGUUUAUUGCCCAAGAGAUUAUGCAGAAAAUUUUUUACCAAAAUGUCGUAGAUGUGGAUUAUCAGUAGAAAAAGAAGCAGUUAGUGCAAGCGAUGGUAAAUUGCAGGGAAAGUGGCAUGUGGAAUGCUUCAAUUGUCAUAGUUGCUAUAAACCAUUUCCUGAUAAAUCGUUUUAUGUAUUUAACAAUGCACCAUAUUGUAAAAGACAUUAUCAUAAACUCAACAAUUCACUUUGCAGACAAUGUGAUGAUCCGAUCGAAGGACCAUGUGCGCAAACAGUUGAAGGAUGGAGGUAUCAUCCUCGUUGUUUUUCAGUCACUCAACCAUUUACACUAUUUCCAAGUCGUGCACUCCUCCAUGGUCCGAUCGUGACUGCAAAUCCAUCAUCAGCCUCGGUCGCAGUAUUACCAGUACAAUCGGUAGCUAUUCUACCCAAACAUUCAUCUCUAGAUACUUUUCUGGCGGCUUCAAUACAGAGUCAUUUUGUAAAAAAAAGAGAAAUAAAAGAUGAUAAUCCUUCAACUAUAACCAUUGUAACUGCAACAAAAACAGAAAUAACUACAACUGUAACAAAUACAGUAACAACUCACCACAAUGCUGUUAUUAAAAAGGAUGACGGAAAUGAUUCAAUAAAUGUGUCAGAUUUAUAUUCUAGCACACUUCAAUCAAAUGCGAGCCCAAGUGAUGAUCCAGCUAAACAUCAAGAUUUAGAAAAUGAGGAAAGGUUUAUUGAAGAAGAAAGGACUAUUCAUAGAGUUAUUGUGGUAUUGUGUUCAUUGGGGGUCUCGCUUUUUUUGGUUGCAAUUGCUAUUGGAAUUCUCUAUUUAAAAGUUCGUAAACAACAAAAAUUAGUUAAAAAACCAAUACAAAUCCACACCCCACGAUCGUUAUCCAAUAAUGUAGAACCCUCUGCACCAUCUGUAGAUAAAUUAGAAAGUGAUGAGAUAACGUUGGAUGAUGAAAUACUAAUUGAAGAAACAUCAAAUCUCGGAGAUCCUACCAUUUCUUGUGCACCACCUGCUUAUACUCCAUCAGCGCCUUCAAUAUACUCACUACCGCAUGUCCCUAUACCUGAAUUCGAUGGUACGAUAAGAGAUAUAAUAUUAUACAUGGGUGGUAAUACUUAUAUUGCUUCUUCAUCAGGAACAUCAAUGCCUGGAUCUACCUUUAUUAGAAUGGCUGCUUUACCAUCUUCUGUUGCUUUGCCACCUAUGAAUACUGAUGCUUGGUAUACAAAUAAGAUGGGUGUUAAUUUUUGA